AUGGAAGAGGUCGGCGACAAUGCGGGGACGCCUGGCAGCGGACUGCCGGGCCUGGCACAACCUCCGCACGCCCCUCCAGAUAGAGAGGGCGCUGUGGGUGCCAACUCGGGCUCAGGCGGAGGCGCCGGUGAAGCGCGCGGCGAGCGCACGUCUUCUGGCGGCGUCAAUCAAGUUGAUGGCGACGUCGAGAUGUCCAGCGCUGACGGCAAGGACGAUCCCUCGCACAGCAAGGCGCCGUCGGAGGCGUCUGACAAUAACAGCGACGAACACAGAGGGCGCAUCCUGAAGACAGAGGGCGACACGAUGAAAGAGCGCCUGGCAGCCAAGCAACGCAGCAUUCCUGGGCGCGUCCUGUCCGUGGUCGAGGCGCUCAACAUGCCUGCGGGUAGCGGCCUUCCGGAGCGACGCAAUCCUGCGCCACCAUCCAGACCGGGCAUGACCGCAAGCUGGGAGGCACCGAGUGGGUAUGCACCGGAUGGCGCGUUUCGUUUUGUUGGGGUUCCUGCUCACAUGCGUCACCUCGAAGACGACCGCUACAUGCGUGACGGAUACGCUGGUCUCGAAGUGCUCACAACGAUGGAAUGCUUCUCAGCGACGGACCUGGCGGACCUGAAUGAGCUGGUGGGCGAGGCCGAGGACGUGAACGAGUUCUUUCUUCGACCUCGCGCCGGGCCACCACCCAGUCCGACCGAGUUGGAGGCGCUGCUCGACUCUGUCCAGAUGCGUCGUGAGCUGGCAUCAAUCUUGUCGGUCUACGAUCCUCACGAUCUGGCACUGCGUGCAUUCAGUAUGACUACGUUCAUGCGCCGCUUGUUGAUCCGGUACCGGACCAUUCGCGGGGAGAUGCAGGCGACCGGGUCGUCCACGAUCGAGAAGCUGUUGACCGCCCAGAAGCAGAGCUCCAAGUUCGAGGCUCACGUCACGCGACUGCAGGGACAAUGGAGAGCUGUCUUCAAUGACCUCAAAGAGACGAAAGAGGCAACAGCGGCACGGUACCGGGCGGACUUCAAGAAACUCAUGGCGGAACACGAGUCCCUCGAGUCUGAGGUCUUCAACGUCGACCGCAUGAUGAACCUCCUUAACAGGAACCAGACUAAGGUGACUGGCAACUGGAAGCGUCUGGAGGAGUUGUUCAAGCACCACCGAUCCGGUACCACGCCCCCCACCGAAUGGCAGACUCUGAUCUCAGUCACCUCUGCAGAUGACGCAUUCACCGAUCCCGGGCCGUUCGAGUUCCGACACGACGGCGACACCGACACGGAAGAGAAGGGCAACGACGGGUCUGAAUCGAGUGAGGGCGGCACAGGGUCGCGGGGCAAGCGCGUCACUAUUGUGGAUGUCACAGGCGAGGCUCCACCAGGUAAGACUUCCUCGUCAGAACGUCGAUCCAGUGGCGGCAAGCGUCGUCACAAGGCGGUGGCUCGGGUCGUGAAUCGCCCCAUAGCCUGGGAUCCCAACGAGGAAGAUGCGCGCCCCAUGGACCAAGAAUAUCCAGUCGAUGAAAACCUUGCAUGCGCUUCACUCGCCGGGCUUCCCGUUGUGUGGCGCAAGCUUCGGACGGAUCUUCGGCUGGCCAUGCGGACUGGAUUGACGUACUCAGAAGCCACGACGCUGUUGAACAGUGACGAAAUGGCCCAUCACUUGUUCCAUCCUUACGAUCUGUCCUGCAUGCUGGCUCAGAUGAUGUACUGGAACCAACUGGACAAGGCUUAUUGGACAACCUACGUGCCAGAACGAUACUUCCUCCACGCGGAGAGCAUACUGGAUCGCUACGCACAGGAUGGCCUCGAACCGGAUCGGUGGCCCGACCAGAUGGACCCCACACAAGAUGACAGUGAGCUGCUCUUGGACGAGAACGAAGAGGACGUUGACAACGAGGAUCGUGACGGCAACUGGGAACCCAGCGAGGAGGCUCAAGCCAAGAUCGACCGGAUGGAAGCUCGUGAGGCAGCAGCGCGACAGGAUUGCACUGAGGUACCGGACGCCAACGCUGCACCGGAUCUCGUUUUGCCUUCGACUCGUAGUCCCAAGCGCAGGGCUAGUUCGGUGUCAUCUCAAUCGGAUUCAGCCACCACUGGGUCUGGCAAGAAACGCAAGAAGUCUCGACUUGGUGAUGAACGCAAGAAGUCUCGACUCGCUCGCAAGGAGAUGAAAGAUCUUACUCCUGAAGAGCUGACCGUGAUCGAGGAACCGGGUCGAGGCAUCACUUCGUGGCGCCACAAGGGCAUCCUGACCACUUUUGCACCCAGUACGACUUACGCCGUCUACCAGUCCGCAGGUUUCCCUGACUACGCACCGAACCACAACAGCGGGACGGGGCCACUCAAGGAUCGCUUCAAUGUGGACGAGUACCGGGCGAUCAUGGAGACCCGACCGGGCGAGCGGAUGUACAAGCGUCGUGUCAUCAACCUCCUCUUCCACAAGCGUUACGCCUUGGGAGUGAAGGUCCACGUCGUGCUGACCAAGAUCGUGAAGUUCAUGAAGGACAACACGCUGGUCAUCUGGUACGCGGGACACUGGGUGACGUAUCCGGAGGACUCGUCGUAUGGGGUGAAGGAGAAAAAGAAACGCAAGGGUCUGCAUGAUCCUGCCAUCAAGAAAUACGCCGAGUUGAUCACCGAACUUCUGAAAGCAGGAGCCCCGAAGACGAUUCUGUACGAGCCAGGCAUCUGGGUGUAUCCUGCGAAGGUCUGUCCCUGGAUCCUGUUUGACAAGUCCGAGAAGAAACCGGAUGGGAAGCCGUACACGAUGGCCGAGCAGCUCGAAAUCCUGAAUCGCGAAGAACCGGCUCGCAUCCAGUGGACAGGGUGGACCCUCGAUAGGAUCAUCGCGGAUCGUCCGACGCACAUCCGGAAAAUGCUGCUGUCUCCCGAUGAGCGUGCCAACAACUGGGUCUGCGCUGAUCACCGUAGCUAG